AUGGACCGACCGACGGUCGCGGUGGUGGGUGCGCCAUGCACCGGCAAGACGUCGCUCAUCGUCGCUCUCGGACGUGGGCUUGGCGUCGAUGUGACGAGCUCGCCGACCUCGGUCUUUGCCGUGGGGCGAGGCGUCACGGCACUCGAGAGACGUCUCGACGACGUCAACGUCGCCGCCCUGGACACGCGCCUCGUCUUCUUGGUGUUUGACGUGACGGCGCCAGAGUCCUUUGCCGCCGCCGUCGCCAAGGGCGCGGCGUUGCAGUCGUCCGACCGCACCAUCGCGCUCGUGGGCACCAAAGCCGACUUGAUGGCCCAUGACCACGACGUGCUGCUCGUCGCGUCCGAAGCGCGCAUCUACGCCUCGAGCGAGUUUGCCGUGUACGCAGAAGUGCAGUUGCGAGCCGAUGGACCAGAUGCCGGCCUCGACGCUUUGCUCACCCUUCUUCGCGCUGCGACUCCCGUCAAGCAACCACUUGUGCGCAGAGACAUUUGGCUCUACGACCCGUACGACGACAACUCGCCGCCGCGGAGCCCGACGCGCGCGAUGAACGAGAUCUACUUGUGCGGACGAGCCAAAGCCCUCGCGACCGAGCGAGCGCUGAUAGCCAAGUACGAGCACAAGCGGUACGCGUCGCCGAAAGCGACCCGAUACGUUGCGCCACCGCCGGCCCCGUUGCCGCGCCAGACCCGACGCCGUCAGUCCACCGAUCGACAUAGCACGCUUAUGAGCAGCACCCAAGCCAGCGUCGCGCGCGUCAAAGCCACCAAGGCGUACAAGCCACACAAGGAGGCAGUUGACCCAAAGAUCCGAGUCCAGUGGCACCGACCGAGGUCGCCCAGACGCGGUCUGCGGCUCAACCACGCACUGCCGAGGCUACCGCUGUCGCUACAAGCUGCCGCGUCCCAUUGGCGACUCCUCCAAGCGCGCCGAUAG